AUGCAUAUCCGAGAGAAGCUUGCCCAGAAUGAGGAGGCAGGGGAGCCGGGAAUUUCCUUCGAAUUCUUUCCUCCUAAGACUGCUCAGGGUGUUCAGAACCUUUAUGACCGCAUGGAUCGCAUGCACGGAUUAGGUCCCUCGUUCAUCGACAUUACAUGGGGCGCAGGCGGUCGUUUAUCGGAUUUGACUUGCGAGAUGGUCGGUGUGGCCCAGUCCGUCUAUGGAUUGGAGACAUGCAUGCACCUGACUUGUACUGACAUGCCUCGGGAGAGAAUUGAUCAAGCCCUGCAGGCUGCCUACAAGGCGGGAUGUACCAACAUUCUGGCUCUUCGCGGCGAUCCUCCUCGAGACCAGGAAACCUGGGAGGCUACCGAUGGUGGAUUCCGCUAUGCAAAGGAUUUGGUCAAAUACAUUCGGGAAAAGUAUGGCAAUCACUUUGACAUUGGUGUGGGCGGCUACCCGGAGGGUGCUGAUGACAACCCGGAUGUUGACCUCUUGAUCGACCACCUGAAGGAGAAGGUCGAUGCAGGUAGCUCAUUUAUCAUCACUCAGAUGUUUUAUGAUGUUGAACAUUUCAUUGACUGGGUCAAGAAAUGCCGCGCCAAGGGAAUUAGUGUUCCAAUCAUUCCAGGCAUCAUGCCAAUCCAGACUUAUGCUUCUUUUAUUCGUAGGUCUACCUGGACCAAGACCCGUGUGCCUCCCGAGUGGAUGAAAGCCUUGGAGCCCGUCAAGAAUGAUGACUCUGCAGUGCGUGAUGUUGGAAAGCACUUGAUCGCCGACAUGUGUCGCAAGAUCCUGGCGUCUGGCAUCAACCACCUUCAUUUCUAUACAAUGAAUUUGGCACAGGCAACCAAGCUAGUCCUUGACGAGCUAGGUCUUACACCAUCUGAUGGAUCUCCUGUCCAUCGCAGUUUGCCAUGGCGUCCAUCUCUUGGGUUGGGCCGACGAUCAGAAGAUGUGCGACCCAUCUUCUGGCGCAACCGCAACUCGUCCUACAUUGCCCGCACCCAAACAUGGGACGAAUUCCCCAACGGUCGCUGGACUGAUUCUCGUUCGCCUGCCUUUGGUGAGCUUGAUGCAUACGGCGUCGGAUUGAAGGGUACGAAUGAGCAGAACAUCAAGCUAUGGGGCGAGCCAAAAUCCAUCAAAGAUAUAUCUGCAAUUUUCCUUCGUUUCUUGGAGGGCAAGCUGGAUCGACUGCCGUGGAGUGACAGCCCCAUUUCCGCCGAGGCAAACGAUAUCAAAGAUCUUUUGCUCAACUUGAACAGCCGUGGAUUCUUGACUAUUAACUCUCAACCCGCCGUUAAUGGCGUCAAGUCUUCUCAUCCCAUCUACGGUUGGGGUCCCAAGAACGGUUUCGUUUACCAAAAGGCUUACCUCGAGCUUCUGGUCCCACCCUACUUGAUCGAUGAGCUGAUCAGCCGCAUUGACAGCAAUGAAGACCUCACUUAUCUCGCCAUCAAAAAGGAAGGCGAGUUGCGUACCAACACCCUUGACAGCCCCAAUGCUUUGACCUGGGGUAUCUUCGCUGGACGAGAGAUCAUCCAACCUACAAUCGUUGAGACUAUCAGUUUCCUGGCCUGGAAGGAUGAGGCUUACCGACUGGGCGAUGACUGGUACAAGUGCUACGAUGCCGCUGGUCCCAGUCGGAAGCUCAUCCAGCAGACGAUGGACACAUGGUACCUGGUCAACAUCGUUGACAACGACUUCCACCGGUCCAGUACUCUCUUCGAACUUUUCAAGGACCUGGAAGUCAAGGACUUCGAUGUCGAAAUCGAACUACCAAGUAAACCGGACACAAAUGGCACCUCCGAGCAGAACGGUACUCUGAUCGAAAACUAA